GGCAGCUGCAGGGACCUCUCCAAGUUUGUCGGGACCUUCUUCGGAGGAGGCAGUGGCGCCGGCAGCCAGGGAGGCCGGGACUGCGUUCAGGCCGGGGGCGGGGGCUGAGGCUGGGCCCGGGGCUGCGGGGCCCGAGCCUCUGCUCUCCAGCUCUCUCAGCAGCCUCUGCCCCCAGGGCGCCCGAGGCCCCCCUCCGCGCCGCUCGCGGUGCCGUGCGCUCGCAGAGCCCUCCGCUUCCGUGCCGAUGUACUGGAAGCAUGAGAGCGCCGCCCCGGCACUGCCCGAGGGCUGCCGCUUGCCGGCGGAGGGCGGCCCCGCCACUGACCAGGCGCGGGGAGGCGCUGGGUUCUGACAGCUCCGAGCCAGUUCAUCAGCCGCCGUCGCCUGCAUUCCCUCCCCCUCCCCCAGGUGAUGGCCCAGCCAGGGUCCGGCUGCAAAGCGACCACCCGCUGUCUUGAAGGGACCGCGCCGCCUGCCAUGGCUCAGUCAGACACCGAGGCCCUGGCAGGCGCUCUCGACAAGGACGAAGGUCGAGCCUCCCCAUGUACGCCCAGCACACCGUCUGUCUGCUCGCCACCUUCUGCCGCCUCUUCCGUACCGUCUGCCGGCAAGAAUAUCUGCUCCAGUUGCGGUCUCGAGAUUCUGGACCGGUAUCUGCUCAAGGUCAACAACCUCAUCUGGCACGUGCGGUGCCUCGAGUGCUCCGUGUGUCGCACAUCGCUGAGGCAGCAGAAUAGCUGCUACAUCAAGAACAAGGAAAUCUACUGCAAGAUGGACUACUUCAGCCGAUUUGGAACCAAGUGCGCCCGAUGCGGCAGACAAAUCUAUGCCAGUGACUGGGUGCGGCGGGCGCGCGGCAACGCCUACCACCUGGCCUGCUUCGCCUGCUUCUCCUGCAAGCGCCAGCUGUCCACCGGGGAGGAAUUCGGCCUGGUUGAGGAGAAGGUGCUUUGCCGCAUCCAUUACGACACCAUGAUCGAGAACCUCAAGAGGGCCGCGGAGAAUGGGAACGGUCUCACGUUGGAGGGGGCAGUGCCCUCGGAACAGGACAGUCAGCCCAAGCCGGCCAAGCGCGCGCGGACGUCUUUCACCGCAGAGCAAUUGCAGGUCAUGCAGGCUCAGUUCGCGCAGGACAACAACCCCGACGCGCAGACGCUGCAGAAGCUGGCGGACAUGACGGGCCUCAGCCGCAGGGUCAUCCAGGUCAGGUACAGUGCGGGCAGGUGCACUGCCGACUGCCUUACACCGCGCCCCCUGUCCACCUCAAAGCCGAUAUGGAUGGGCCGCUCUCCAACCGGGGUGAGAAGGUCAUCCUUUUUCAGUAUUAACUCUACCGGCACUUGCGCAUCUGUCCAUGGGCACCGCACAGCUGCCCCUCAGCCGCUGAGAUCAGCAUCCAGCUGUGGCCAGGGAUCCACCUCUGCAUACACUCUCACCCACUGCCAUCCUGCCCUCUGCCAGUGGUCACCCCAGCCCAGGCCCGGUCUUUCCCUCCCCUGCCAAGAACCAGAACCCACCAGGAGCAGCAGAGACCUCUUUGAGAAGGCAGGUUCCCAGAAAUGUGGCAUCAGCCUGAAAACAAGCAGCCUGCCCUUCCUCAUCAAACAGGAAUCAUCGCUAACGUCAGCUGAUCACAGCAGCAAUGGCAAACUGAGUCGCGAGUCACCAACAGUCUCCUACUUCACAGGUUUUCUUCCCCCCACAUUGGCCUUUAUUUACUACUUUCUUAGAACCAUCUCUAAAUUCUGAAUAGCCAGCAACC